AGUAAAACCUUUUACCAUAAGAUGAAGUCUUCAAAAUUGCAUUUUGUUGUUCUUCUCAUCAUCAUUUCUUUCAUUCUUAAUAUUCAAUCUGCUAGAAUUUUCGAUGAUUCAUCAAGCGAUUGUGAAUUCAAAGGACCUUGUCAAAAGAAGACAGAUUGUUACGAGAGAUGUGGAGUAGGAAAACCACCCUUCAAAAUUGCUUUGUGUGAACCUUAUGGAAAUUCACGUGUAUGUUGUUGUAUCUAAUUAUUAAUAGCCUCAUUUGAUAGAAGUUAUGUCUUUUAGUUUUAUCUGAAAGAAAAUAUAUAUAGCAAUAUGAUAUGCUUACACAUAACUACAUUUUUACUUACACUUUGGAUGUAUUUCAACAUAUAUCAAAUUACAUAUCUUCAAUAUAUGGAGGGUUAUAGAUAAAUCAAAUUAUGGAUGAUUCAUCAAGCAAUUGAUAAUUAACUAUCAAAAAUAAUAGAUAAUCACAUUUUAAUAAUUUAUUUUAUUGGCUGGUGGGGUGAUUUAGAAAUUUUUUUUAUCAGAUUUAGUAUAAAAUAUUAAGCAUUUAUUAUAAAAUGCUUAAAUUUUGACUAGUCAAAUUUAUUUAUUUAUUUAAAUUUGUGUUCUAACAACAAUAACACAUCAGCUUACAACACAUUUUGCUAAUGAUUUAAUUUAAAUCUAUAAGAAUAGGAUUAAAUGUAAAUUGAAGGCUCGAUAAAUAGGCGUCUGAGUUUGGCAGACCGAUUUUUCCUUCUAUCAACAGUGAUCCUUGGGAUUAUAGGUUUUUGGACUUUGGCCAACUCUUUAUGUUUCUCCUUUCGUUGGUGAAAUUUUAAUGGUGCGAAUGGUGAAAAAGUAUAAUUGGAAUAUUGAUCUUAUCCUCACAAUGAAGUUGAUUUAUGUAUUAGAUCAAUUAUGAGUUCUACGGAAACACAUGGUAUAAAAAGUUGAUAUGAAUGCUACUUUUAGAGGCGGUUCCAUCUGCGUGGCGUGUGAUCGAAGAGGUAUCGUACUAUUGGAAAUUUUUGGUCCUUAAAAAAAAAAUUUGUACUUACUCGUGGAUGUUUCACUUACUUCUGAAGUUGCGUAGAAAAGCUAUUCAUUUUAACCUUUAAUGGAAGUUGGAAAUGGCUCUCAAUUUUUUUGGUGGAAUCCUUGGACGCUAUUGUUCUCUGUAAUAGAUUUCAUAGGUUUUUCGAGUGCUGCCUCUAUGGGGAUUUCAUUGCCCUCUCUUGUAAAUGAGAUCUCGUCUGGCGUAGGUGGAACUAGCAUGGAGUUAGAUGAUAUGCUCAAAUUAACUUUUAAGCUACUCUCUCAAAUAAGAGGUUCAUUGUAGUAUUUUAGGAUUGUAUCCAGAGAGACUCGAUAUUUCACACAAUAGACUUUAGCAUCAGACUAUUCUAGGUCAAAUUAUAUAAAUCAGUAAAAAUAACAGAACUGGGUGAAUAACGUAGUUGUUCGAUUGAUUGAUGAGUUGUUUGAUGGAAGUAUGGUUGCUAGACUUAGGGUUUCAAUCAGGUUAUCAUGACUCUAUCGUUAGAUGCUAAGGGUUGAUCGUAGAACUCAAAUUCAUUUAAGCCGGUAAAUCAGCUCUCGCAUGUGCUUACUAAUCAGAUGCUUGGAACCAUGUGAUUCCAGCUCUUGCAUGCGAACUUAUGAAUGAGCGUCGAUCGAUACUAUAGAGUGAGUUUUGAUUGACACUUGUUCCAAACAAGCGUUAAGAACCAAUUCGAUUUGUUCACCAAGUUAUUUAAACCAGCUUUCGCGUGCGCAUAGAAACCUAGCUCAGCAAGAUUCAAUUCAGGUAAUAGACUAGCUCUCGCGUGCGCCUAACUAUCCUAUGAUCAUGUAUCUAGUUAAUUAAUUUUGAAACAAGCAGUAAGAACAAUCAUAUUGAAGAAUCUAUUUAAACACCCUAGCGUAUCUAUAUUUCAGAAGAACAUCAAAACCAUAAAAAACCUAGAUCUUGCAUGUGGAUCUACUCAGACAUGAUAGUUGUCAUAGAAAAUCAUAAACUGAAUAGAUAUAAAAUAGAUAAAACCAAAUAAGAAACAAAAGGGGUACCAAGACGACUCUGAAUGAGUUCAUUUCUUCUCUCCUAACCUAGAACAAUGAAUAAAAGAAAGUGUAGCCGUCAAAAAUGGCUUAGAAAACACAUAAAUAAGAUUCUGAGUCGUCCAGGGGUAUUCUAGUAACUUGUGGUAACUUCUGGGCAUAAAUCGGCCAUGAAAUAGGCUCAGCCCGUCUUGUAGGAUCACCGUCAAGAGACAGCAAGGCUGUGUCGUCGAUCGACAUUCUUUCAUCUCCUCGGCAGCUUCAUCUCGCGAGGCAGACAGACCACUCUUCAGUAAAACGGUCAUAACUUAUGCUAUAGGAUGUUGAUUGACCUCAAACCAGUGGAAUUGGAAAGCUAACUCAAAGACCUAUCUUUUUUAAAGAUUAUGGGCUCAAUCUCACAGUGUUAGGUCUCCUCCCAUAGCAAAACAUCUGACGCGUCAGUGCAGUUUUGCACCUCAAAAGGCUCCAAAAUCACCAAAGUUUUCCAAAACGUACCUGAACCUGAAACACUCUAAAACAUACUCCAACCCCAUAUAAUAUAUUCUAAAACAUUGAUAUACCAUGGCUAAAAAUGGGUAAAAUCCAUGGUAUAUCAUUAGAUUACAUCGGCAUUAUCAACGGCUCGCAUUCCUCUCUGAGCAAUCUUUAACAGCAAUUAUGGAUUAUCUGGUCUUCUUAUUUUGGCAAAAUAAUUGAGUGCUUUCUAAUAAGCGACUGCUAAAUAUUUAAUCGCCGCUAAGUGCACCCUCUCGCAGCGGCCUGUGUAAAGACCGUGAGAACUGUCACUUGUGAAAUUCUUCUUCGUGACAUCUCAACCUCUUCGUUUUGUCUCUAGCACCCAGCAAAAAUAUAAAAUACACUAGAAAAAAAUAGCUCAGAUAAAAUGUGUACAAGAUUACCAUGGGAUUGCCUCCCAAGAUAACUUGCUUUAAGUUAUAUUGAAUUUCUUUUCGAUUUCAAGCAGGGGAAGUUCCUUCCUCUUCAAAUGUUGUUGUCAUUUAGAGAUUUUUAGCCUUUGGCCAUUCACUGUGAAUUCACCAUCACAAUUGUUCCAUAGCACAAUUGCUCCAUAUGUUCUAACUUUUUUUUAUCUUAAAUGGACCGGACAAUCUUGAUUUGAGCUUCCCGGGAAGCAGCUUUAACCAAGAAUUAUACAACAACACUUGAUAUCCAACAGUAUAUCAACUCCCAAGGUUUAUCCUUCGCUUUCCCUCAAGCAAAGCAUCAGAAAUAAUCUGUGAAAGAGGUUUGAAAACCGGAGAGACUCUUCUUUUCUUUAAAACUACUGCCAUUAUUACCUCUACAGUGUUGCAAGCCACAUCAGAUCAGUUUCAACUUCAGAGGAACUCCCAUGUACUUAGUCUUAGCUUAGCAACCUGACCAUCCAGCCCACAUCUUACUUGAUACCGCCUGACAUACCCCUCUAUUGACCUCAUUUUUACAAUAAAUGUAUAGGCUUUAUCUUGGGAAUAUUGAUCACUAAACACAUGGACUCUUACCCCAACAAGUAUUUGAACACACAUGUAGUAUUUUCUGAUCCUUUUCCUCUCUCUUCUAUUUUCUAUGAAUUUAAUUUUUUUUUCUAUUUUUUUAUUUUUUUUUUCUUUUUCAGCUCUCCAAAGUGUAGGUGAAUAAUGGGGUCAUAGAAAAUUUUCCUAUCCCUCGCUUCCAACAAUUUCAACCCCUCUACAUCUAACGGAAUCAUGUCAAUCUUUCCUUUACUUUUCUUACUUUAUAGAUGCCGAAGAGAGGAGAGAGGAGAACCAGAAACACACAGAAUUUUACCUUCCAUACUUGCAUGAGCAAAUCUGAUCCAAUGUAUACCAAGCCCCAAAACAAGUGAUUGAUGUAGAUUAAGAUUGGAAGUUAGAUUUGGCUCCUUCAGACAUUCUCAGCAAGCGUGUAUGUUACUGGCAGGUUGAUCAAUUUUGGUGUUUCCAAUUCAAUACACCCUACAAUCAGUAAAUCAAGGAAUGGUGCUUGAGAGUAGUUAGGGAGUUAGGAAAAUUGAAAAAGUUCAUCACCCCUUUUUUUACUAUAAAAUUAGCCAGCUAACACUCAAAACAAAACAUAAUGUCAGUACCAACAUCCCCCCUCGACUUAAACAAAAUUGUCUCCAAUGUUAUACAGUCUCAGAUUGAGUUUGAGAUUGGUGAAGGAAAUAAAUAAAAGCUGAAAAUUUAUCAAGGAAAGUCGAGUCUUACCUAUCGUCUGAUAGUAGUGUCGAUCAACACAGUGAUGUGGUGAUGUAGUGUCGACUGACACCGGGCGAUUUGUCGUUCGGUGCUCUUUCAGAACUAGUCUUCCUCAAAACUUUUUGUUUUUCCUUUUUUUAAUAUUUUUAAUAAAUAAAAAAAUUAAAAUGUCUAAUAAUAGGUUGCCUCUCACUCAAAGAUUUUUAUAGUCUUUAUUUUGAAGUUUUGAAUUUCUUGGGUUAGUUUCAAGGUAAAUGAGAACUUGUUGAAAAACAAGUCUCAACAUCUUCAUCACUCAUCUCGAACCAGAUGCCCACAAAGCUGUUAUGGUUUUUCCUCCUUUGGUUCUUUGUUUUUCUUGCUUCUUGAUAGUAGCACUAAUCUGAUCCACUCGCAGCUCUAGACUCUCAUGUCAGUUGCUACCUUAACUAAUCAUGUUGUUGAUUAUUUUACAUUAUUUGUCUUUUAGUGAAAAGGUAAUUUGGACACAUUAUUUUAAAAAAAUUCCCACAAAUACAAUGUGUCUUAUAAUGUACCUCAAAGACAAAAUAUGAUUUUUGGUGCAUUUUUUUUCACAAGACAAUAUGUUCAUUUUUUCUAAGAACUGAUUAUAUAAUUUAUCGUCAAACAAAUUUUAAAUUAUCGAAGGUAAACUAAGAAUCUAUGGUUUUUUGACACGUUAUUUUCAAAACAAUUUUCAGAUGUUAAUUUCAUGUUUUUUAAGAACUUUAAAUUUCAUUAAAGUCUGUAGAUUUAAGAUUUUGUUGACCUUAACUUUUGUUAAAUUAAAUACCAUUUUAAGUUUUGUUGAUUUUGAAUACCAUGACAAACCAGACUUUUCAAACAUGAAAUCUUAGAAGUUGUUGACUUAUAAGAUUUAAAUGACUCCAUUUGAUUCUAUCAGUUUUCUUUUUAGUUAAUAAAUUAUUCUUACAAGGGAAUAUACAUGUAUUAUGCUCAAAAAAUCUUAAAUUAUAAUUUUGUAUGGUAUCAGAAGUUUUUAAGUUUUACUAAGAUUUUAUUGAUUUUGAAAAAUUCAUCUAUAUAAACAACGAUCAUUCUUAGAUUAUUAGCUAUACAAAAAAAUAAACUCAAAAGUAAAACCUUUUAUCAUAAGAUGAAGUCUUCAAAAUUGCAUUUUGUUGUUGUUCUCAUCAUCAUUUCUUUCAUUCUUAAUAUUCAAUCUGCUAGUAAGUAUUCUUAUGUUUAUAUACAACAAAAUGUUUUGUUUUCCUCCUAUAUGUAUAUAUAACUGUGUGUAUAUACCAAAAAUCUGUUUAUAGUUAUCAUUAUUUUAUAAUAUAAUUACUAAGAUAUUAUGGCAAUCAUAUUAACCAGGAAUUCUCGAUGAUUCAUCAAGCGAUUGUGAAUUCAAAGGACCUUGUCAAAAGAAGACAGAUUGUUACGAGAGAUGUGGAGUAGGAAAACCACCCUUCAAAAUUGCUUUGUGUGAACCUUAUGGAAAUUCACGUGUAUGUUGUUGUAUCUAAUUAUUCAUAGCCUCAUUUGAUAGAAGUUAUGUCUUUUAGUUUUAUCUGAAAGAAAAUAUAUAUAGCAAUAUGAUAUGCUUACACAUAACUACAUUUUUACUUACACUUUGGAUGUAUUUCAACAUAUAUCAAAUUACAUAUCUUCAAUAUAUGGAGGGUUAUAGAUAAAUCAAAUUAUGGAUGAUUCAUCAAGCAAUUGAUAAUUAACUAUCAAAAAUAAUAGAUAAUCAAAUAUUAAUAAUUUAUUUUAUUGGCUGGUGGGGUGAUUUCGAAAAAAAUUAUUAUAUUUAGUAUACAAUAUUAAGCAUUUAUUAUAAAAUAGUUAACUUUUGACUAGUCAAAUCUAUUUAUUUAUUUAAUUUUUUGUUCUAACAACAAUAACACAUCAGACGAAAACACAUUUUGCUAACGAUUUAACUUAAAUCUAUGUAAAUAUAAUAUAAAUAAACUUGAUAAGUAUAAGAUUAAAUGUAAAUUGAAGGCUCGAUAAAUAUGCGUCUGAGUUUGGCAGACAAAUUUUUCCUUCUAUCAACGGUGAUCCUUCUAUGUCGACGAAAAUUUUCAAUCCAGUAUGGCUCUGUGAAACUUGAAAACCAAAUCUGAAAAUAUUUCAGAAAUCAGGAUGAUUUUCUAUCAACUUAUAGAAUGAAUAACUAAUGGAGUUUAACUCGUAAUUGAAUGUUAUUGGUGGAUAUAGAAAGCUGGAAAUGACAGCUUUCAGAUCCCAACGUGAAAGUGACUUAAGUCCUUCUUUAUCAACUGGAAAUCACUUCACAAUAUGGCUCUGUGAAGCAGAAAAAAAAAAUCUUAUAAAUGCAAUCUAUGGGGUAAAUGGAUUAAAUGCAAUCUGCUAAAGGAGAAAAGUUUCUGGGUGUUAAUAGGAAAGCUACGAUAGAGGAAGCAGUUCUAAAUUUUUGGAGAAGAAGAAGACAUCGUAUUGGGUUAUUAAAUGAUAUUGAAUCAGAGUUGAAUAUUUUUAAAGGGAAUCUGAGCUCAAAGUUGGAUGAUGUUAGCUUAUGGAGAAGGAAGUCGGGAUUUAAGCAUAAAUUCUCGACCCAUGAGACUUGGAUGUUAUUGAGGGAGAUUAAGACACAAUGCACUUGUUCCCAUGGUAUUUGGUUCUCCCAAGCUACGCCAAAGUUUUCUUUUAUGUCUUGGCUGUCGAUUCUGGAUAUAAUGUCCACAUUGGACAGAGUCUCUCGUUGGAAUCAUGGGGUAGAUACAACGUGUGUUCUGUGCAAGAAUGCCCAUGAAUCAAGGAAUCACCUUUUCUUUGAAUGUUUCUAUUCCUCUCAAUUUUGGGAGCAUAUCACUAAAGGGAUUUUCCGAAACUCCUAUAGUAAUGUCAGGUCCGAGAUUCUGAUGCUAAUUACAGAUGAGACUAUGGAAAAGAAGAGCAUGUUCUGUAUUAGAUAUGCGUUUCAGGCGGUCUUGUACUCGCCGUUGAAGGAACAAAAUAAGAGUAAGCAUGGUGAUAAGUUGAUGCCGAUGCCAGUUUUGAAGAAGUUAAUUGAUAAGGGGAUUGGAAAUCUAUUAUAUAAUAGGAGAGUUUCUCUCCCCCUGAUGCGACACGUCAGCGGUCUGUGGGUCCCACUUUUUAAAAGUGUGAAAAAAUGUCAAAUAUAUGGCUCGAACCCAGGUUAUUGAAAUAUAAACAUCCACAAUUAUACCACUGCACUAAAGGAUACUUUGUACAUUGAUGGCCGAAACUAAUAUAUAUUAUGAAGGUCGGAAACUAAUAUAACAUUAUGGACCCCACCUUUUUUUUUAAAUUGAUGGGUAACGAAUGGACUUCGACAAAAUGGGCUUUGGGCUUAUUGAUUUUCUGUUUAUUAGGCUUUGUAUCUGCCCAAAGUGGUGAUACAGACAAAGCUAAGAAGAUUAGGGAAGCCGCCAUCUUCACCAUCUCCUUCGUCGCUUGCGAUUCCCCUUCUGGCAAUCAGUUAUUAUGGUCGAUCUUUACGGCUCUACGCACGUUUUGCGCCUACCAAACGCUUAGUUUCUGCUCUAACGCCUUCAGAGCUCUCAUAUAUAUAGAAUCCCUCGAGGUAUAAGCUCCAUCUUGUCUCAAACUUUUCUUUCUCAGUUUUCCGUUCGCUUUACUUUCUCACAUCCGUCGCGAAAAUGACUUAUCCAGCUGCUCCAGCCGCUUCAGCCACCAUUGCCGCCGUUCCCUUCUCCACCUUCAACUCUCUUCGCCUUGGAAGGUCCACUCAAUCCAUUGUUGGUCGGCUCAUCCGAUUCUAGGAUUCCAGAAACAUUAACAAGAAUGGAGAGUUUAUGGGCAUCACCAUUCUCCUCCUUGAUGAACUGGAUUCUGUGAUCCACGGUUUCAUCCCUGCAAUCUCCAAACAAAACAUGAAAACUGAAAGAAUUAUGUUUUUAGCAACCGAAUCUAAAAGAAAUAAAAGACAUCUUACUUAAUAAAUUAAAACCUUUUCUUUUGCAGAUUCCAACGACGAUGAAGCACCCGAGGACCAACGACAAUGGAAUGAUGCGGACGAAGCCUAACUGAUGUAAGUAAACUCCUCUUCAAUAACGCAUCACACUAUUAUCGCUCCCCAAUCUCACAAACUUAAGCUCUAAUCAUGCCAGGGAUCCCACAGGUGAUGCUGUCCCGACAACGGAGAAAAAAAAAGAAAGAUAACCUAACGUUUUUUUUAUUUUCAGUUUUUAAGUUCAAAUCAUGUUUUAGACAUAGAACCCAACAUAAUUUGAGCCCAAACAUUUUAAACCCACAAUUACUUUUUCAUAAUGUAAAAACGUCAACCUUCGUUUAUGUUUUGUUAAACUAUUUUAAUCUUUAUGUUUUGUUAAACUAUUUCACACAGGGGGCAGAUCUCCUUAGAAGGGGAGCCACUCGCCACGAUGCUUCCAGUUUCACCAUUCUUGAAACUCUUAUGAACCACAAAGCCAAUAUAAGAGCUCUGUUUCAAUCUAACGGCUGGAUUUUGUCACAGACCACCGCUAAGCCUGAAGAGAGAAGAGAAGUGAAGUGCUGCGUUUUGGAAGAUGGUUACUUGGAGUUUACAAUAUGAAGAUGGAACCCGUGACGAGGAAGACGAGGAGAAGUGUUACUUGGAAUAUCCUAACGUUGAGGAUGUAGACAAUGUGUGAUCUUAGCGAUGAAGAUUAGUGUAGCUUUAAUAUAUGCUACUACGGUCCUUGAGCUCCCUAACAAGUACUAGCAAACAAUGUGUAUUU